CGGCGGCGGCCUCCUCUUGAGCUCUGGGUCCCCGCUUUCUUCAUGGCUGCUCUUGAGCCCCUCGGCGUAGGCGGUGAAGCAUGAAAUGGAGACAUGGGAAGAUGACCGAGUUGAUCAGCGAACCUGCCUUAUCUGUGGAGAUCGCGCAACAGGGCUGCACUACGGCAUCAUCUCCUGUGAGGGCUGCAAAGGCUUCUUCAAGCGGAGCAUUUGUAACAAGAGGGUGUACAGAUGCAGCAGAGACAAGAACUGUGUCAUGUCCCGCAAGCAGCGCAACAGGUGCCAGUAUUGCCGGCUGCUCAAGUGCCUCCAGAUGGGGAUGAAUCGGAAAGCAAUCCGAGAAGACGGCAUGCCAGGAGGCAGGAACAAGAGCAUUGGGCCUGUCCAGAUAUCUGAGGAAGAGAUUGAGCGCAUCAUGUCUGGGCAAGAAUUUGAAGGGGAAGCCAAUAUCUCUUGGAGCAACAACGGGGACAGUGACAACAGCUCUCCUGGCAACGGGGUGUCUGAGAGCAACCAGCCCUCCCCUGUCUCAACUCCAUCUUCAAGUAGGUCUGUGGAGCUGAAUGGAUUCACUGCACUCAGGGAUCAGUAUAUUGGGACGCCAGUGUCUGCACACUAUCAGUACCUUCCGCACCUUCUGAGCUGCCCGGCUCACACUGCUCUGCUGCCCCCUCAGCCCCGAAGCCUUGACCCUCAGUCCCAUGGCCUCCUCAUCAGCCAGUUGGUGUCAGCAGAGGACCUGGAGCCCUUGGGCACCCCAAUGCUGAUUGAAGAUGGGUACAAGGUGACUCAGGCUGAGCUCUUUGCGCUGCUCUGUCGGCUGGCAGAUGAGCUGCUGUUUCGGCAGAUAGCCUGGAUCAAGAAGCUGCCCUUCUUCUGUGAACUUUCCAUCAAGGACUACACUUGCCUCUUGAGUUCCACAUGGCAGGAGUUGAUCCUACUCUCCUCCCUUACGGUUUACAGCAAGCAGAUAUUUGGGGACCUGGCAGAUGUGACUUCCAAGUACUCUCCCUCGGAUGAUGAGCUGCACAGAUUUAGCGAAGAGGGGAUGGAGGUGAUGGAGAGGCUUAUCUACCUGUAUCGCAAGUUCAGCCAGCUGAAAGUCAGCAAUGAGGAGUAUGCUUGUAUGAAAGCCAUUAAUUUCCUCAAUCAAGAUAUCAGAGGCCUGACAAACGCAUCCCAGUUGGAGCAGCUGAACAAAAGAUAUUGGUAUGUCUGCCAGGAUUUUAUGGAGUUCAAGUACCCGCAUCAGCCGAACCGCUUCCCAGAUCUGAUGAUGUGUCUGCCAGAGAUACGCUACAUUGCAGGGAAAAUGGUGAACGUCCCGCUGGAGCAGCUGCCCCUCCUGUUUAAGGCUGUUCUGCAUUCCUGCAAGGCCAGCAUGAGCAAAGAGUGAGCUCUCAUUGCACCCCCACCCACCCAUCCCUUAACUCUGGUGCCUCCGGCAAGGGGAAAGAGGAGGAGCCCACGGCCCAGGCAGUUGGGAAUGGCCGUGGCAGGGCAAUGGGUAGCCUUGCCAUCGUAGCAAGAAUCUUUUUUUAAACCUUGUUUCCUAUAAUAUUUAUUUCACGACAGAGUUGAAUGUAUGAUCUUCAACACAGCGUGUUUCUCUCGCAGUUUACAGAAUGUGAAGAUGUUUGUUGCAGUGUUUUAGGGUUAGAUCUUUUGUACUGGGGGGAGGGUGGGCUGGGGUCGAUGACUAAGACUACCUCAAGGAGAAGGUGCUGUUCAGGAGCUGCUCUUUCCGUGGGCCACACCCAAAGCAAUCAUCCCAUCAGGCAACCUGUUGUCUUCCGCAGCCAGGAUCUGUUCUGCCCUAGAGAAAUGCCAAGCUAAAGGGUGGGUAUGGCUGGCCAUUUCCAGCCACUCCCCAUUUCCUUUGCUGCAAUAUAUAGGCCAUAGAACCUCCCUGGGUGGCCCUUCAAGUAUCU